AUGGCGACGGAAACAUCAAUUUCCAACUUCAAGAAUUACACACCAAGAAAUUGAACGAGCUACUAAUGGAUUCGAUGAAAGACAGUUGCUAGGCACAGGGAGGUUUAGUUCAGUGUACAAAGGGACUCUGAAAGGGAAAGUCGUGGCCAUAAAGGUCUUCAAUCUGCAGCGUAUUGCAUUCAAGAAUUUUGAUGCAGAAUGUGAAAUUCUGUGCAAAAUUUACCAUCAAAAUCUUACUAAGGUCAUUGGCUUUUGCUCUAACACUGAUUUCAAAGCCUUGGUACUGGAGUACAUGCUGAAUGACAGCCUUGAGAAGUGGCUCUAUUCUCUUGACUCUUUCCUGGAUAUAGGGAAAAGGUUAGGGAUAAUGAUAGACGCAGCACGUGCACUGGAUCAUCUCAACCAUAAACCAUUGCUUCACACUGAUUUGAAACCAAGCAACGUUCUGCUAGACAAAGACAUGGUUGCACACUUGAGUGAUUUUGGCAUUACAAGUUAUUCCAAGGAUGAGGAGAGUGUGGCUCAAACCAGCAACCUAGGCACAAGUGGGUACUCGGCUCCAGAAUAUAGACUGAAAGGAUCAGUGUCGGCAAGAUCAGAUGUUUAUAGUUUUGGGAUUACAUUGAUGGAAACAUUUACAAGGAAAAGGCCCACUGAUCAAAUGUUCGGUCCGGAAUUGAGCUUGAGAGAUUGGGUAAAAGAGGCCUUGGAUAGCAGUUCUGUUCAUCAAGUUGUGGAUGCAGGGUUGAUAGGGGAAGAAGAAUUUGAGGCAAAGGUGAAGUGUGCGUCAUCCAUCCUGGAACUGGCAUUGAAAUGCUCUGAAGAAUCGGCUGAGGAAAGGAUGGAUAUCAAAGAUGUUGUGGAGAAGCUCAAGACAAUAAGAGACGAUCAAAUCCCUAAAAAAUAUUGAGUGACGAUUGGGAAAUGUUGUGUAUUCAAGUGUGUAGUGUGAGUGUGUGUCUCAUAUUAGUUGUGUAAAGAGAUGAAAGUGGAUAUUUAUAUUUCUCUCUCUCACUUAGAUUUGGGUCUUAAGGACAUUAGAUUUAAUGAGUAGGCUGACCCCUUGGCUCAUGUCGCUGCUGCAGCCGGCGUCUGAUUGGGCGGGUUGGGUCAAUUUAUAUAUAUAUUUUUAUAUAAGGAAAAUAAAAUUAUUUUCAUUUAUUUUUGUGCUUCUUCCCAGCAAUAGUCUGAUUUCCAGGCGUGCGGGAUUCCGUCCAUUAUUUCUUCGACUAUUCGAUUGCUUCAAAUAUCGGAUAUUUAUGGAGAUGUUUAAUGCCGACGUCAAUUGGAGCGUCUCCAAAACCCCAUAUAAGGCCGGUUUCCCUCAGUGUCUGGGCAUCGAAGCCCAUUUUGUCUGUUGCUUUCUCUUGUUCGAUGUUUUGGUCGUGGACAGCCAGUCCCUCAGAGUUCUGCUAGAGCCCACCGUCGUGGCUGCCAUCGCCGGGCUGGUCAUUGUGUCCUGCGAAGCAAAUGCCGUAGCCUGUGAUAACUGGUACGGGGCGUGUCUGCUUUCAGGACAUCACUUCUGACGUGCUUCGACAGCUGUCUCCGUUUUCAGAUCUGCUGUUUCGACGACUUGCUGGCUUGAAUUCUCAGCCUCUUGUAUCUCUUCAGUUCGACUCUCGUUCCGGUUAUUUUGUGUUGAAUCUUCUUGCUGUUACAAGAUACAGAUAUAUUUCUAUAUUGUUGU